ACAUAUCUUUUGGUUUCUUUAUUCUCAUUCCCUAUCUCUCUUUUUAAAUUUUUUUUUUUUUUUUUUUUGCUAAGGCAAUUGGGGUUAAGUGACUUGCCCAGGGUCACACAGUCAGGCAGUGUUAAGUGUCCUGAUUUAGGACUGGUGUGCAUUCCCUAUCUCUUUGAUAUUAAUAACUGUAUUAGGUUAGAGUAAUACUACUUUUUUCGGAUCUUUGUGAUAUAUUGGCUUCACACUAAGGCAUUGAUUGCUUGCUGGUGGUCUGGGAUAUCAACAGCAAAUCUGCCUCAUAAAGUUUACCACCAAAAUAAAGGGGAUAACUUGUGUCAAACAGGCCUGCCCCCAAACGACCCCGAAUUAAGAAUCAAGAAAGUAACUGGAAAGUGUAGGCUCCUAAGAAGCAGGGACUGUGUCCUAGGCUCUGCAAGUGGAGUCUAUGUAUCAUUUGGUGUUGCAAAUUGAAGUGCCUUAAGGAAAUCUGGGGAUGGAAAACUAUUUAGAAGGAUUAUGUUGGGCAGCGAAGAAAUAGAAAGGAUGAAAAGGCAAGAAUGUUUGAGGGACAGAUCAGAUAUUAUGGAAGUGGUAUGAGUCUGAGGGUCAUAUCUUUUCCUCCACGAAAAAACUAUCCUCAAAUGACAGAACUCGAGCGCUUCUGUUCGUAUGAAGUAUUUCGUACCUCGGUGGCCACCGUUCGCCCAAACGACCCAUGGCGUCAAAAGCGAGGACUUUAUUGGGUCCAGCCUCUUCCUUUGCCCAUACUUGCUAUGGCGGCUAGGGGGGCCAGGCAGCGGCUCAAGGGAAGCGGCGGCGGCGGCGGCGGUGGAGACCCGACCAAGCUGCGGGAGGAGCCCCCGGGCCGAGAAGCAACCACUGCUUCAGAGCAGCGGGCUGAGCCAUCUGGAAGUAAAGCAGGACAAGUCUGGGCACCAGAAGGAUCUACUGCUUUCAAGUGCUUGAUCUCAGCUCGAUUCUGUGCUGCCCUCCUGAGUAAUAUUUCUGACUGUGAUGAAACAUUCAACUACUGGGAACCAAUGCACUACCUCGUCUAUGGCAAUGGAUUUCAGACAUGGGAAUAUUCCCCAGCUUAUGCUAUCCGAUCCUAUGCUUACCUGUGGCUUCAUGCUUUGCCAGCUGCAUUCCAUGCAAAAGUCCUACAAACUAACAAGGUUCUCGUCUUUUACUUUUUGCGAUGUAUCCUGGCUUUUGUGAGCUCUGUUUGUGAACUUUACUUUUAUAAGGCUGUGUGCAAGAAAUUUGGCCUCCAUGUGAGUCGAUUGAUGCUGGCAUUUUUAGUUCUCAGCACUGGGAUGUUUUGCUCAUCAGCUGCUUUCCUUCCUAGCAGCUUCUGUAUGUACACAACUGUGAUAGCUAUGACGGGCUGGUUCAUGGACAAGACCUCCAUUGCUGUGCUGGCAGUAGCCGGUGGGGCUAUCCUCGGCUGGCCAUUUAGUGCAGCUCUUGGAUUACCUAUUGCCUUUGAUUUGCUGGUCAUGAAACGAAGAUGGAAGAGUUUUCUUCAUUGGUCACUAGUGGCUCUAAUACUCUUUCUGGUACCUACAGUGGUCAUUGAUAGCUACUACUAUGGGAAGUUGGUGAUUGCACCUCUCAACAUAGUUUUAUACAAUGUUUUUACAACCCAUGGACCUGAUCUUUAUGGCACAGAACACUGGUAUUUCUAUUUAAUUAACGGGUUUCUGAAUUUCAAUGUGGCCUUUGUAUUGGCUCUUCUGGUCUUACCACUGACUUCCCUCAUGGAGACCCUAUUGCAGAGAUUUCAUGUUCAGAACUUAGGCCGCCCUUAUUGGCUUACCUUGUCUCCAAUGUAUAUCUGGAUUGCUAUCUUCUUUGCUCAGCCUCACAAGGAGGAGAGAUUUCUGUUCCCCAUAUACCCUCUUAUAUGUCUUUGUGGUGCUGUGGCUCUUUCGGCACUUCAGAAAUGUUACCACUUUGUGUUUCAACGCUAUCGCUUAGAACAUUACACAGUUUCUUCCAAUUGGUUGGCUUUAGGGACUGUCUUCCUCUUUGGGCUGUUAUCCCUGUCUCGAUCUGUGGCACUAUUCAGAGGAUAUCAUGGACCCCUUGAUUUGUAUCCUGAAUUCCACAGAAUUGCUACUGAUCCUGCUAUCCACACAGUCCCAGAAGGGAGACCAGUGAAUGUCUGUGUGGGCAAAGAGUGGUACCGAUAUCCCAGCAGCUUUCUUCUACCUGAGAACUGGCAACUCCAGUUCAUUCCAUCCGAGUUCAGGGGCCAGUUGCCGAAACCUUUUGCCCAGGGACCAAUGGCCACACGGAUUGUUCCCACUGAUAUGAAUGACCAGAACCAAGAAGAAACAUCCAGAUAUGUUGACAUCAGCAAAUGCCAUUAUUUAGUGGAUUUAGAUACAAUAGCAGAAACACCCCGGGAGCCUCGGUAUUCAUCCAACAGAGAAGAGUGGAUCAUCCUUGCUUAUAAACCAUUCCUUGAUACUUCCAGAUCUUCAAAACUACUACGUGCAUUCUAUGUUCCUUUCCUGUCAGAAAAGCAUACAGUGUAUGUAAAUUACACCAUCCUCAAACCCCGGAAAGGAAAGCAAGCCAGGAAGAAGAUUGGGGGUUAGCAGCACACCUGUGGUCCCAAAGAACUAGCCAGUGCUACAGACCAGUGGCUCCAUGGGCAUCGUUUUCUCCAAUCGUCAUUUGUAACAUUCACAAUAAAGAUUUUCCAACAAGAAUACUGGAAUCCAGGUGCCUCAGGCUAUUCAAAGUUAAUUCCAUACUCUCAGUGUAUCUCUGCUCUGCUUCUAGAGCUGUGUGAACUGGAGCAACAUGGGUUAUGGCAGUGAAAGACUCCUCCAACAAAACCUGUAAACAUUAUUUUCUUCGGUUCAGUUAUUUAUGAGACUGAAAAAAGAACAGAGCAACUAUCAGGAAGAUUUGAAAAGUUGGACUGGCUCUAUUUAGCAGUUCUCUUCUCCUCCAGCUAAGCACCAGAGAAAUAUUCAGCAACUCUGCUGUGUGCUUGGCAUCUCCUAGCACCCUUCCUUCUCAGCAGUGGAAUUUGAACAACCAAACACCUCUCCACAUGUCUUUGUUCCCCCCAGCAAAACCAAACUUCUCUUAAAUCCUUUACAAGACCAGGAUGUCUGUCCUAGAAAUGUAGCUCAGGAAGGAGGCAAAUUUUUGUGGAACUAUGACCUAAUUGUUAUUCUUUUGUAAUUACUCAUAAUUUUCGGUUUUUAUUUUCUUUUUAAAGUGUGAAUUUAUGGAAUUUAUAUAAGUUGAAGCAGCAUACAUUCCCUAAAAUGCUAAGUGAAUGGGGAAUAUUUGGGGGAAAGUGCCUACUUUUAAUUCUCUGGAUGAUGUCAUUGUUUUAAGAAAUGUAUUUUAUAGAAUACUUAGCAGCCUCUGGAGAAAGUAAUUGAGAGAUAAAGUUUCUAGUAGUCUCUGAAAGGAAAAAGUAUAUAAUUGAAGAGAGCAUGGCGGGGACAGAGAAUGGGGAGCACGGAGGUGAGAGUUGAAUCUUCAGAACAUCUCUAGCAAUUCCAUUGGGAAGCAAAUCCUUCUAGGUACUUUGGUGAUACAGCAAGUGCCUGUGUGGCACUCAGAAAAGCAGAGCUGGAAAAUCAGAAAGAGCCAGAUGAGCAGUCAGGAUGAUUCUCAAUCCAGUUAAAGACUUAGAUAGGAGGAGAUUCAAAUGAAUGCUGGAACUUUCCAUUUUAAGGAGGUGAUUUUAUUUGGAUAAGAGUUUGGGUGUAGCUGCCCAUGACUCAGACUAUUGGGUCAAAGCUAUUGCUUCCCUGCUAUAUUCAUGGUGUGUGGGAGUAUCUGUUUUGGUAUUGUUUGGGCAGCUCCCUCACUUGCUGUGGACUCCCCAGUCUCUGGAGAACAAAAAGUACAUUGUUGAGUCAGAUUUCUCUGCUGGGCCCCACUAGGGUCAACGGCAGUACUGUUCCUAAACAUUUAUGUUUAAAUAAGGUGCCAAAAAAUUUUUUUUUAAAGAAUGAUAGCUUCUGAUAUCUACAAAUUUCUGAUUUUCUGAAAUUUUCAUUCCACAUUGUAGACAUAAAAUUACUUCUCAUCCAGACCAAAUCUAAGAAAGAAAAAGAGAACUGAUGAGAAAUGAUUGGUUGCUUACUUUAGAGCAGAAGCAUUAAGAAACAGUGGGUCUAGACAAAGAACAGACAAAAUGUGCAAGUGACAAUUAAAGGUUUGGCACGUGGGUUCCCUUUAGGUGCUUCUGAGUCUUCUGACUUUAGAUUUUUUUUGCUCAUGUUGACACCUUACCUGUCUGGCCAAGAGCUAAAAACAUCAGGACCUUGAGGCAAGGUCUCUGCCUUCUGCCAACAUUACUAAAAAGGUUAAUGGAUUGGGCACUGAUGGAUACCACUAAGAUAGAGGCAGGGUAGACCUUGCAAUAUUUAUGUCACUGCAGAUUUAAGCAUUUGCUAGUAAUUUAAGCAGUUCAGAAUGAAAAAUUAAAUUGAAACAAGCACAAACAUAUAUUGAUGUUUCAUCUUGGCCAAGAAAUAACCCUUGAUUCUCAAAAGUCACGCUCAUGUGGCCAAAUUCCUGAAGGAACUCCUAGCUAACAUAGUCCUAACAGCUGACUGUGCAUCAUCUGAAAACUGGGUUUGCUAAAUUGAGGGGAACUUAUCAAAACAGGUCACAAGGAGAUGGAUUUGGGGGGCCAUAUUAAUUUAUAAAGAUAAUCUAUUAAGGUAUAUAGAGUGAUUUUAGUCUACAUUGAUGAAGUAUAAAACACAAAAAUCCAAGACAUGCAUCAAGAAUAUCAACUCUUUUCCCCCUCCUUUGAUACUUCUUCAUUUUUCCUUAUAUCAGUUCCCUACAUCAGUGAAAUCAACAAAUAUUCAUUGAGCUGUAUACAAGGUAUAGUGCUACGGGUACUUGGUGUAAGAAUAUACAAAGAAAUUUAAAACUGUUCUUGACUUGAAGAGCCUCUAAUCUGAUUGGGCUAAAUAAAUGAAAGAUAAAUGAAAGGCAUUGAUGUCUUUGUAACAGGUUUGUAGGAAGAAGGGAGAACCAUGACAGAAGCCAGGGUGAGUAGUAUUCCUCAAACAGUGCCAACAUCCAACAGAAUGUUGGCUGCCCUUCUGGAGUGACUGAUCCAUUUAUGGUGAUGACAAAAAAAACCUGCUUCUGCAGAUUAGAUAUCUUUUAUUGGGUAUUAUUGCAGUAGAGAGGACUGUUGGAUGUAAUUGAAGAGGAGAAGGCUUUUUGAUUUUUUUUAAUGUUUUUAGAUCAGGGAGUACUAGAUAUGAGAAAUUAUUCCUAAUGGAUUAAUUGCUCUUUGUACAAAAGCCCUUUGCCUGCCUAAUUUUAACUUAUGAUAUUGUGACUUAGAACAACAUUGUCACCCCUAUCUAUCUUCAAUGUCUAUUUUAUAUCCAGUAGAUUUAAUCUGAUGUGAAAUCAUUCACAUAAUUUAUUUUUUUAAAAUUUUGUUGAUGCCUUUUGCUUUUACUAUGUCAUUUCUGUAUAUUCUCCUCAACUCUCCCAUUCCCCCCUUUUUCUUUGAAACAAAAGAGUUCAUCAGGACCAGCUGAGACUAUGUUUGACAGUAUAUGCAACAUUUUGUACUCAUAAUUUUCCACUUCUCCAAGGAAAAUACAAGCUGCAUUCCUUCAUCUUUUUUCCAAAGUUAAGACUGAUCAUAACAAUUAUACCCUGGCCCUGUGACUUCCUCUAAUUGAAUGACACCUCCCAGAAUUUCCAUUUUAAGGAAAGUGCCCAGGCCAACCAUGCCUUCAUUCCUUUCUAGCUUCUACAUCAGAGUCCAUACUUCCCAGGGGGUAUCUUCUCUCUACCCUUCCUCCUUCAGCCCCCUUUUAUGUGUUGUCUUCUUUGAUCAGACUGUAAACCCUUUGAGGGACUGUCUUUUCUUUUUGCUUGUGUUGGUAUUUUCAGAACUUAGCAUGGUGCGUGGCACAUAGUAAGUGCUUAAUAAGUUAUUGUUGAUUUGGUUUGACAUUAAUAUUCAGCUUUAUCUUGUUCUUUUAUUUAUGUAACUAUAGUAAUAUAAACUAUUUUUCUGGUUCUCCUUGUUUUGCGCCCUCCUCCCCCCCAACUGGUUCUUACAAAUCUUUUUGUGCAUCUCUGAAUUCUUCAUAUUUUUCAUUUCUUAUGGUGCAAUAACAUUCCUUUAUACUGAAAUAUCAAAUGACUGUUGAACUAUUCCCCAAUAGAUGGCUAUUGACUUUGUUUUCGAUUUUUUGCAACCACAGAAAGUUCUGUCAUGAACAUUUUGGCAUACUGAGACUAUUCAGUUCUGUAUUUAUUUUUCUUGGAAUAUUUGCCUGGGAGUGGCAUCUCUUGAUCAUUUUUGUCAAAUAAUUCCAAAUUGUUUUCCAGUACAGUUGAACCAAUUUCACAAUUCCGGCAACAAUGUAUUAGGGUUCCUGUCUUUACAAAGCCCCUUCCAUGAUUGGCAUUUGCAUAUUAUAUUAUCUUUACCAACUUGCAAGGAGUGAGAUGAAACUUAAGAGUUAUUUUAAUUUUCAUUUUCUUAGUGAUUUGGAAUAGCUUGGAUUUCUGUUUUGAAGAUUGUGUCCUCUUAGCAUUAUUAGUAAGAGAGAUCAUUUUAACCUUUUUGAAUAUUCACAGGUAAUGAAUAUUCCCACCAUACUUAUGCUUAACUAAACACCACACUUAGAAGCAACACUUUCAUUUUAAACCAAAGUGGUGUCACCUGAAUUUAAUUGUCAUUUUUCCUAGAUACAGAGACUUGGGAGAGGGAUAAGUCUGAGUUCUACACGGUCCUCUUGAUCAUAGACUUUUUGCACUUGAAGAGCUGUUAAAGAUGAACUAUCCCAAAUCUCUUAUUUAAUAGCAGAGAAAAUUAAAAUCAAAUGAGGAUCUAAGUGUCUUGCCAAAAUCCCACACCUCAGCAGAGCUCAGGUUAUGGUCCAAAACUUUAGCCAUCCAAACUAGUACAUUUUUCUUUAUUUUACACUGCUCCUAGGGAUGAAAGGACAAGUAUCUUGAAAACAAGCACAACUUUAGGGGUGGGAGUAGGGGAGAGAAGAAUAAUUAUUGGUAAGAAAGUUCCUCAGCUGUACAUUUAAUGCAAGUAUAAGAAAGAUGAGGAUUUCUAUGGGGCCUAAAUAUUCAGAUUGGUAUUAGGCAAUUCCAACUCUCAUAUCAUAUUCUCAUAAUCAUAGUUUGCUUCUUUUCCCAGCAUGGGGGCUGGCGGGUGGGUAGUAGAAGAGAGAAAGAGAGAGAAUGAGUUAAGUGUUUAAUCUGACAAUCCCUCUACUGACAUGUUAAAAGUCCAUGUGUUACUAUAUUCUUAUGCUCUUCCAUGGAUGUCUUGAAUAAAUGGAUUUAAUGUUAUGUGGUGAGUUCAAAUAGACGUGUCUAGCUUUAAUCUUUUGUACUAGACAGGCAUCUUCUGUACAAUAUCACUGGAUUUUAGAGGCCCCCUGGUAUGUCAAUGAAUCUAAACAAGUUCUGGCUUUAAUCUUCCCAAUGUUUUAAACUGUGAUUCACAUUGCAAAUGAAAUCAGGAAGCAAGAGGAACAGUGUUGAAGCAAGGACAUUAUCCAGUGCUGCCCUCUCCCUGGGCCAGGUUGCUUUGUUGUUUCACAUAUCACUGUUUACAUUGUAUUCUUAUUGUAUUUACUGUGAAAAGAAAGUCAAAUAAAUCCUCUUGGUUUGA